AUGGAAUUGAAUACUAAACCAACUCCUAAUUCGGAAUAUGCGAAUCAUGUGAAGUUCUAUGAAAAUCAAGUAAUAGAAGCACAGUGUGAUGUUAAAUUUGAACGACCUGAAAGAUAUCAAACAUCAACAAAACUUUACAUCAAAUGUCAGAAUGAUGAUAUCAGUAUAAAGACUUCUAAAAGAGCAACUUAUAACUUCAUAAAAGAUUAUGAAUCUUCUACAAUUUCUUUAGAAUGCUCACCAAUGAAGUGGAAAUUAUAUGAAUCAAUAAAACAAUUCACAUGGUGUCCAACCAAUGUGACUUCAUAUAUUUUAACAGGAGCUAAGCACUUAGAUCAUAACUAUUUGGCUGGCAUUUGUUAUGACACCUAUAGGCAGUCAUUUUCAUCAGUGUACUACACAUUGGCACCUAAGCAUUCCGAAUAUGCGCAGUCAUCUGUUUUCGGGAAUUUCUAUACUCCUGGUUUGGAAAUAGAUCACGUAGAGGAAGCAUUUGGCCGAAAUAGCAUUACGGAUUUCGAUAACGAACAGCAUGAGAAGUGGAUAGGUCUUUCAACGUAUGGACACGAUUCGGUAAUAAUGCAUUCAAAACUAUAUUCAUCAUUAAAUCUGCAUUUGUUACCUCUAAUUGAGUCUGUGUGGUGGCCAAAUUUACAUCUUUACAAUUGGAAAAAUUAUGUAACAGCUCUCGAGCAACACGUCGAGACUGAAAAUCAAACCUACGAUAUUUUAGCAGGUGUAUCUGGUGCCAUAAAGGUACCCAUUAUUGAAGAUUGUCAAACGAAUUAUACGUUGAAGGAAGUGACUUAUGAAGAGGUGCGGAAAAUACCAUUGUAUGUUUGGAAUUAUUUACAGGCCAGAGACAAUAGCUCGAAUGGACUUGUCAUUAUUGGCAUCAAUUCACCAUUUCAUGACUUUUACUCAGAAGAGGAAAUAGUAUUUUGCCCGGACAAAUGUCAGGAAAUUCCGUGGUUGAAAAAAGUUAGCUCUACUUUUCGUUAUGGAGUAAUGGGCACUGUAUUUUGCUGUGACGUUGAAGAUGUUAAAUCUUCGAAACAUUUAGAUGGCUUUCCACAAAAUGAUAUGCAAUCGAUUCCGGCUUAAACAACAACAUCAUUUAUAUUAAAUCACGCACAAAUAACUGAAGCUAAUAAUAACGAUGAAUAUAAUGCUGAAGAGGAGCAUUGAUUUCACAUACCCUUUAUCAAAGUUUUAGUAAUUAAAAAUUCCAUACAACAUUUCUUUCUGUUAACUUAUAACCCUCAUUAACAAUAAAAUACGUAACAUCAAAUCACCACUAAGUGGUUAGUA